CGCGUGGUUUGCUGUGCUCCGUCACUUUCGAUGGCACCACAACUUCUUAGCAUUUCAGUGGAGUUAAAAGCGCCGUCAUGGACCAAUUUUUUCCAGCUGGAGCGGAAAGUGACACCAGUAACGAUGACUGGGACAUCGAGUGGCAUUCGAACAAGAAGUCUUCGUGUAUUCAGGAUCUGACUGCUUUUGUACCACAAGGCGAAGAUAAUGUCUCAGCAUUUAAAAGAGCCAUUAAUGAGGGAGACAUAGAUGCCGUUAAACUGCUGUUGGACAGUGGUAUAGAUGUGGAAACCAGACUGGCCUUUGAAUGGACUUCUCUGAUGUAUGCCGUCAGUGUGGCGAACUACGAUCUGGCCAAACUGCUGUUGGACAGAGGAGCCAAUGCUAAUUUCAGCAAAGAUUGCUGGACGAUCCUCAUGGCCAGCUGCACUGCAUCUGCUAGUGAAGACAAAAUUGCACGUUGCGUGGAGUUUCUGCUGACCAGAAGUGCUGAUCCUAACAUGGCGGACAGGUCUCAGAUGACCUGUUUGAUGUUGGCUGCAAGAGAUGGUUACAGUAAGAUCAUCAACCUGCUGGUGUCUCACGGUGCAGAAAUCAAUGCGCAGGAUAAUAAAGGAUACACAGCUCUGUCUAUAGCAGUGCAGUAUGGCAGAGAAAAAGCAGUGUUAAAGCUCCUCCAGCUGGGAGCAGAUAAAACCAUAAGAACAAAGUCUGGGAAUAGCCCUGCUGAUCUGGCUGUGGCCUUCAAACGCACGCAGAUAGCCAGGAUCUUGUCCUCUUCAUCCCACAUUUCUACUGUUCAGGCCUUUGGCUCUAUGGAGGAGGGAUUGUCAAAGUUCUUCAAGACCAACUCUGAAAUUCCACCCUCCACGGAGAGUGUGGCCAAGCUUAAUGAUCUUGAACUUUUCCUUCAUGGUCUUGAUUUGGGCUACCUCACAGAUGCCAUGACUGAACAUGACAUCACCUGGAGCCAGCUGUUGACCAUGGAGGAGGAGGACUUUAAGAAGCUUGGUAUCACAGACCCACUGGACCAGCAGAAGAUAUUGAACGCCAUGCAGCAGAUACAGCUGGACAAAAUAGAUCUGGACACCGUCAGUCAACUGGGAGCUACAUUUAGUGGGAGUGAAGAUCUGCAAAACUUCCUGUUAAGCGUGAGUCAGCAGAGCUGCUACCUGACGGAGACAAUUCAGGAUGUCAUCAGCCGCUUUCCUCGUCAGGCAUCUCAGCUGGUUUUCUCACUGGAUCCCAAUAAUGAGGCCCAGACCAUCGCCAACAAGCUGGUAGUCCAGACUAAAGACCUUCAAAAGGAAGUCACCUGCCUCCGCAACCUUCUGUGUCAGGUGGAUGAAGCCAGAGGCUGCUGCAAUCUUCCUCAACCUUGUUCCCACCGGAGCUGGAGGACCUGGUCCUGGACCAGAACUGUGCUGAGUCUGCUUGGAGCCACUUUCAUCCUGCUUCUCUACAAGGCCGCUAGUGGAAAGGUUUACCUGCAGAUGUACAGGAAGAUCUUUUAAUCGGCUAAUGCUAGUCUUUAUCUGUUUGAGGUUUAGCUCAAAGAGGUAGAUUUAUGGAUGCCACCGUGUUUUGUUCCUCAACUUCCUGACUUCUCAAGGUUUAUUUACUUCCACCUCAUUUUAAGUUAUUGUGUAUUUUAUGUUUUGUGUUCUUUUCUGGAGCAUUUUUGUUGUCAAUCCAAGAAUAAAAUCAGGAUGUUUUUUUUUGUUUAA